AUGCCGAGGUUUUGGUAUAUUUUGUUUCUUCUUUUCAUUGGAUCUUUGCCGAUAUUCAGCCAAACAGAGGAUGUCUACAAGCGGAGGAUAGGAAUGCGACUUCCUAAUAUGCUCCACUACAAACCGACAGCGAUGGAGAAGCGACGAAUCGGCAUGCGUUUACCAAACAUCAUUUACUUACGCUCUGAACCUGAGAAGAAGGACAACUGGGAGUAUGAUUCGUUUUGA